AUGAGCGGUGACGGUGACGGUGACGUAUGUGAAAUUGGUUCAAUACCAUUUCAAAAUGCCACCUGGUUAUUUGCUACAUUAUCUGCUUUUCAUGUUGCCUAUGGCUUCAUACAUCCUUAUAUUGCUGCUGUACUUUGUUUCACCGGUACAAUCUUAAAUGUGAUGACAGUCGUGGUAUUAACCCGACCAUCGAUGAUUUCACCGGUAAAUGUAUUACUCUCUUCAAUAGCACUUUGUGAUGUAUUGGUUAUGGCAUCAUAUUUAAUAUUCGUUACGCAUUUUUUGAUCAGUGCUGCUAAUCGUUGUUUACCAACCGAUUAUAGCUAUUCAUGGACAAUUUUCACACUUAUUCAUGCCCAUGCAUCGGUCAUUUUACAUUCUACAAGUAUAUGGCUUACUGUAUUUUUGGCUCAAAUACGUGUCUUAACAAUUCGACGUUCCACGUUGCAUCCGUCAACUACCGUUACAAUACGUUUUACUGUUUUGCUCAGUUUAGCGAUAUGUUUCAUCAUGUCACUAUUCAAUCUUCCCAAUUUUUUAACUUUUAAAGUUGUAAGGACAUCAUCGGAAUUAUUUCUACCAUGCUUAGUUAAAUAUUCCAACAAUUCAUCAUUAUUACUAACAAUUGAUAAUAAAUCUGAUGAUGAUGAUUAUAGUAACCAAAGUUCAGAUUACUCACAAUAUGUCGAUGAUGAAAAUCCGGUUUAUAUGCUUGUUGCAUCACAAGGCAAUUGUAUGAAACUAAAGUUAGCAUUCUGGUUAAAUGGUAUACUUUUCAAAGUGGUACCAUGUUUAUUAUUAACCGUAUCAAUUAUUGUACUGCUCAAAUUAAUUUCCGAUUUAUCACAUCAAAGGCAAACUCUUGCACAGGUGAUGAAGCGAAAGGUACCAAAAGAUCAUACAACACCAAUGCUUGUAGCUGUUCUAUCAAUAUUUCUUAUUACCGAGCUACCACAAGGUGUUAUGAAUGUUUUGACAGGUAUUUUCACUGGUGAUACUUUCCAUCAAAAAGUUUACUUACUCCUCGGUGAUUUCAUGGAUUUCUUAUCACUAGUCAAUUCAGCUGUCAAUUUUCUUAUAUAUUGCAUUAUGAAUAAACGUUUUCGUGUUACUUUCCUCCAACUAUUUUGCAGCUUCUUUGCAAAUCGAAAGCUUUCAAGAAUAGUAGAAGAUUACAGUCAUGUGGGAUAUGCUUAUGAAUUACCUGGACAACGAAGUCAGACCGAGCAGCUUAUGCUAACAUCAUCACAACAUCGACCAAGUGCUGCAUCAGUUUUUAGCAACUUAUUAACGACAAGAGAAGAUCCUUUAAAAAAUCAUAGGAAAUUAACAGGCAAUUUAUUAACUGUUGAAAAUAUUCACUGUCGAAGGAUGACUACUGAGGAAAGUAAAAAAUAA